AAUAAGGAGAAAAAAAAGUGACUGAGAAAGUCAAAGAAACCAAACCACCAUGGAAAUCGAAGGUGAAGACGGCACGAAGCUCUUACUGAAGGCCGGAGUAAAGUCUGUGUUCGGAAGAGGAGCGGGAUUCAAAACCGAAGAUCUAUCAGUGUCACGCCGCCACGUAUCGUUCGAGUUAAAAUCCGCCGCCGCCGGAACCGAACGGUCUGAAUCCGGUAGGGUUUACUUCGAGGUUCUCGGGAGGAAUCCGGUCUGGGUAAAGACGGGUGAACCGGGCGAAAAGAUCCGAGCUUUACGGAAAUCAGAGACGGGAGAGAUCGCCGGCGGAGAUCGGUUUUGUGUAUCGGGUCAUAACCCAAUUUGGUUCACUUUGAAGAAGAGACGCGAUGAAGUUAUGGAAGAAAGAGCAUUGGAUAGUGAAAGCGAAUUGGGUGUUAUAGAUAUCUCGGAUACUGACCCUGUUAAAGAGUUUGGAUUUCUUGUGAUUGGGAAAGAGUUUGAUCAGUAUCCAAAGAGUAGGAUGCGUGAUGUAAAGCAAUGGGACUGGUUUUUAGAAGAUUCCACGAAAGGAAAUAGCGAUGAUGAUGAUGGUGAGGGAGAUAAGAAGGGAAGGAAAGGGUUAAGCAAAAAGAGAAGUAGGAAGAAAGGAAAUGAGGAUGAUGAUGAUGAUUGGAGUGUUGAAAGUGAUGAAGAUAAAGAGUUGAUUGUGAAGUCGAAAAGAGUUUUGACUCCUACUUAUUCUACUAGAUCCAAAAAGAAGACUAAGAAAGAUACAAGCGGAGGUAGUAGUAGUAGUACUCAAACGAAACAGCGUGGAAGAGUGGAUUCUGAAGAUGAUGAUGAUGAUGAAACAUUGGGAGGCUUCAUUGUUAGUGAUGAAGAAGAUAAGUUAGAAGAAGAAGACGAAUCAAAUGUAGAAGAAGAUCUUGAUGAAGAUGAAGACGAAGAACUUGACUAAACCUAAUAUGUAAGCAAAGCUAAUCUUCUUGUUUUCUAGAACUACACAAUAUUUUGUUCAAUCCUAUGAUGAUGUGUGUGUGUAUGUGAGAGCUGAGGUUUUUGAAAUCUCCUAAAGACUUACUAAACCUGAAAUGUAAGCAAAGCUAAUCUUCUUGUUGUUUUCUAGAACUACACAAUCGUUUGUUCAGUCGUAUGAUUUGUGUUUGUGUGUGUGUAUAUUAGAAGAGCUGAAAUUUUUGAUCUUAUGAUAUAUAUAUUGUUCA